AUGGAAAUCCGCCGGAAACUGUGUCUGCUUUUCAUCGGAAAUCAUGAAUCGCUCGUCCUCUGUCCACUCCCCUCCCGUUAUCUUCGCGCCUCUCUCUCCUUUUCCCCCGUCGACCUCUCUUUCUCCCCUCCCUCCCGUCGCCCUUGCUCUCCCCUCCCCUCCCGCCGCCCUCUCUUCCUCUCGCCUUCGCGCUCUCCCUCCUGUCGCCUUCGCGCUCACUGUCCCGUCGCAUGUCUGCUCUCCUUCCCGUCACCUGUCCGCUCACGGUCCCGUCGCCUGUCCGCUCCCCUCCCGUCGCCUUCGCGCUCUCCCUCCCGUCGCCUUCGCACUCUCCCUCCUGUCGCCUGCCCGCUCUCCCUCCCGUCGCCUGUACGCUCUCCCUCCCGUCGCCUGUCCGCUCUCCCUCCCGUCGCCUUCGCGCUCUCCCUCCCGUCGCCUGUCCGCCCUUCCCUCCCGUCGCCUUCGCGCUCUCCCUCCCGUCGCCUGUCCGCCCUUCCCUCCCGUCGCCUUCGCACUCUCCCUCCCAUAGCCUUCGCGCUCUCCCUCCGUCGCCUGUUCGCCCUCAUAUUGAAUCGCCCUUCCUCCCCCUCUUAUCACCCACUUCGUCGCCGUCAUGCGCACCUCAAAUCGCCCACCCGUCGCCCCUAUCGUCGCAAUCGCCCUCGCGAUCUCCUCACACAUCCCGUCGCCAUUCCUCUCCCACAACCCGUCCUCUCUCGUUGCCCUUCCUCACUCCCGUCGCCAGUUCGCUAUCCCGUCGCCAGUUCGCUAUCCCGUCGCCCUUCCUCUCUCUCGCUGCCCUUCCUGUCUCCCGUCGCCCUUCCUCUCCCGUCGCCCUUCUUCUCUCUCCUCCCGCUGCCCUCGCGUCUCAUCGCGAUCGCGUUCCCAACGCACUCCCGUCACCCUCCGUCCCGCCUUUCGUAA